UCAAACCAUCCCUCCCCUCCACCGGUCCACCCGGUUCCCAGUCACCCACUCCAAGACUUCAUUUCAACUUCAUUUCACCUCCAUUUCCACACACAUUUCACUCCCAUUUCUUCUCCAAUAAAUUCCCCCGAAAUUCUCUCCCAUUUCCAUUUCAAUUUCUGAAACAAACGUUACAUUCUCAUGUUUCCACGCUAUCAUCGAUGGAGAUUGAAGCCAAACUCUUCGAUCUUUCAGAUCUCAUUCUGAUUCCAUUCAAAGCUAUUUCACUUUCCGAAGAUACUCUUCGCCUUCUCCACCGUUAACUGAAGCACGUGUGGUGGCCUGGAGAAAUCAAAAUCUAGGUAAUCAAUUUCUGUGCUUUGUCAGCUGUAGAAGUUUCAAUUUUCAACUAAAGAAGAGGAUAUGAAAACAUUAACUGUUAAUACUGAGGAUUCCUUUUCAAGUUUACUGGAAUUUGCUUCUAACAACGAUAUAGAAGGAUUUAAGCAGCUUUUAGAUAAAGAAGGAGCUUCUUCGAUCAAUGAGGUAGGGAUUUGGUAUGGUCGGCAAAAUGGGUCUAAUAAGAUUGUUAUGGAUUAUAAAACUCCUUUGAUGGUUGCUGCUACUUAUGGUAGUAUUGAUGUUAUGAAGCUUAUAUUGUCGUAUCCUGAAGCUGAUGUGGAUUUUGCUUGUGGGGUGAAUAAAAGCACUGCUCUUCACUGUGCUGCUUCUGGUGGGUCUGUUAAUGUGGUUGAAGCUGUUAGGGUUCUCGUAUCGGCUGGUGCCGAUGUUAGUUGCGUUGAUGCCAAUGGAAAUCUUCCUGUUGAUGUUUUUGUUGUUCCUCCGAUGAUGGAAAGCGUGAAAGCGGUUCUCGAGGAACUUCUUUUGGAUAAUGGUUCUGAAAAUGGCUCUGUUGGUGAGUUCUCUGGUCCGGUGUCUGUUGAUGGUUCAAGUCUCGGUUCGCUUGAAAAUGGGAUGCCGUUGCCAAUGCCAUACUCUCCUUCAGUGUCACCACCUUCUCCUGUGGCGGAUUUGAAGUUUACUGAGAAGAAAGAGUAUCUGGUUGAUCCAUCAAUUCCUGAUAUAAAAGACAGCAUAUAUGCAAGCGAUGAAUUUCGGAUGUUUUCUUUCAAGGUUCGUCCUUGUUCUCGUGCAUACUCUCAUGAUUGGACUGAGUGUCCGUUUGUUCAUCCGGGAGAGAAUGCUCGGAGGAGAGAUCCCAGGAAGUUUCAUUACAGCUGUGUGCCUUGCCCUGAAUUUAGGAAAGGGACUUGUAGGCGUGGAGAUAUGUGUGAAUAUGCUCAUGGAGUAUUCGAGUGCUGGCUACACCCAGCUCAGUAUCGAACCCGUCUCUGUAAAGAUGGUACUAGUUGUAAUAGAAGGGUGUGUUUUUUUGCACACAUUGCAGAGGAAUUGAGGCCAUUGUAUCCGUCAACUGGAUCUGCGGUUGCUUCACCGCGUUCUUCUGGAUCUGCUCUUAAUGUGAUGGACAUGGCUGCUGCAAUGAGCCUUUUGCCUGGUUCACCUUCAUCAGUCUCUUCCAUGUCUCCUCAUUUUGCCCAGCCAAUGUCCCCUUCUGGGAAUGGCAUCUCAUGGGCACCGCAAAAUGUUCCAGCUCUUCAUUUACCAGGAAACAUUCUGCAAUCUAGUCGAUUGAGAUCUUCUUUUAGUGCUCGCGACAUUCCACCUGAAGACUUCAGUGUGCUUAGCGAAUUUGAUCGCCAGCAGCACCUUAUGAAUGACUUGAGCUGUUUCUCACAACCCCAUCCCGGCUCUUGUCGGUCUAAAGCACUAACGCCGUCAAAUCUUGAAGAGCUCUUUUCUGCUGAGACUUUGUCAUCUCCCCGGUAUUCUGACGCAUCAAUGCCUUCUGUUUUUUCCCCCUCACAUAAAUCAGCUGCUAUGAAUCAGUUUAAACAGCUUCAAAAUAUGUUAUCGCCUAUAAAUACUAACAUGCUAUCUCCUAAAAAUGUUGAGCAUCCUCUGUUACAGGCUUCAUUUGGCGUCCCUUCUUCAGGUAGGAUGUCACCUAGAAAGGUUGAACCAAUCUCCCCAAUGAGCCCUCGAAUGUCUGCAUUUGCUCAUCGCGAGAAACAACAGCUGCGGAGUAAUAGUUCUAGAGAUCUUGGUCCAAUAAGCGUUGAACCAAUGUCCCCAAUGAGCCCUCGAAUGUCUGCAUAUGUUCAUCAUGAGAAACAACAGCAACAGCUGCGGAGUAUUAGUUCUAGGGACCUUGGUUCCAACAUUCCUGCCUUAGUUACUGGAUCCCCUACAUGGUCUAAGUGGGGAUCUCCUAAUGGGUUGGCUGAUUGGUCGGUAAAGGGAGAAGGAAUAAGUUGUCAAAUGCGCAGCGCAUCCUCAUUUGAACAUAAAAUCAACGCGGAGCAAGAGCCUGAUCUAUCAUGGGUCCAAUCACUAGUGAAGGAUUCAUCACCCGAGAUGAUUAAAGAGAAGGUUGUGUUCUCCGGCCCUAUUGCAUCCGGUGAUGAGUUGAAUUCCAAUUCACAAAUUGAAUCUAUUGAUCAUUCUGUUCUAGGAGCUUGGCUUGAGCAAAAGAAACUGGAUCAGCUCGUAGUCUAAGAAGCAGUUGUUUCUUUUCUGCGCAGUGUGUUCCACCGUGAUUCCCGACACAUGGUUAAAUUAACACUUUACAUCUUAUUGAGAUAGGUAUUUGAUUUCUUAAGGUACAUAUUCUUUUGGUUCUAAGAAAAGAAUAACCAAUAAUUCAUUCAAUAUUUUGCGAGAGAGCUUAAAAAGAGAUGAAGAACAAUCUCUUUGGGCUGAUAUUCAAUACAGCGAGCAAAAAUCCUGUGGAGGUCGUGUAUUUUUCUUCCAAACCGCCCCGUGUUCAGGAUUCUUUCCUUUUCCAUUGAAGAAAGCUAGAUGAUUUACAAAGCAACAAAACCAAUAGCUUAUUUGAUAUUAAUUUCAUCUUUCUGAAGGAAUAAUUGCAGGUAGUCUGCACUGUGCAAUAUUUACUGCAGAUCACUAUGAAAUAGUGAAGUUCAUUAUGUUCAUUCUGUGUAAUAAUUUGGAUUGUACCUGUUAUCAUUUCAUUUUGGAAUUAAAUUGUUAUGUGCUUUA